AUGCCUUGUUAUACCUUUAGGGAGCAUGAGCUAUCAGACCAGGGAUCUGGGCGAGAGCUGGAAGAGAUGAGGGAGCUUGUGAUGAGCAAGGAACAGCUGGUCCAACAGCUACACACCCAGCUGAGAGAUGCCAUCCACAGCCAGGAGAUGAGCCGCAUCGAGAUUCUUGAGAAGGACACAAGGCUUCAGGAGCUCCAAGGAACCAUAACAGAGCUUCAUCAAGAGAUUUCACUCAAAGAUUCCAAGGCAGUUAUCCAUCUGCAGGAGAAACAUCACCUGGAGAACCAGCUCAAGGCCGUGACACAGGCGGCUGCCGGUAACCGCGGAGACCCUUUUCUGAUAGGUUCACACUCUUCUGUGUCUAAAACAAACGAGAUUCUAAAAACCGAGCUGGAGCGGAGAGAUGCAGAACUAAGGCAUGCCCAGAGUGAACUCCUCAGUGCGCAGAACAGCAGAGAUGUUCUUUCCUCCGAGCUGGAUUCCCAGGAGCAGCAGGUGUACAGGCUGCAGCGGGAGCUUCAGGAGAGACAGGGAGAGCUGGAGCAGAGACAUAGUCGAAUACAACAACUCCACCAUGACCUGCAGACCUGUUCGGCCCAAAGAGAAGAGGCCCACAGGCAGCUCUCUGAAUGCAACCUACGCCUCUCUCAGCUGGAAGGAGAAAACUUUGCCCUCAAAAUAUGUAAUCGAGAGCAGGAAGCAGAGAUAGAGAAACUGAGAGGAGAGUCGUUGUGUUUGCGUAGAGGAGAGGACAUAGAGCCGGCAUGGGAUCUGGAACAGAGACUUUCUGAGGCAGAGGGCUUCAAGCGGGAGAACGAGGAGACGGUUCACAGACUGAGAGCAGAGCUGAAGGAGGCCACUAUUACUGUGGGGGUCAUGCAGGGGCAGCUGCAAAAAGCACAGAUGGAAGCAGCUACCCUGCGUGGUAGGUACAGUAGCUGUCAAAAGGAAGCCAUGGAGCUACAAGAACAGGUCCUGAAGCAGGAGAGGAGAAUCAUAGAUUUGCAAAGAGAGAAUCGGAACACAUUGGAGAGUCUUCGUAGCGCCAGGGAACAGUUAGUCCACCAAGAAGAGUGUCUGCAGGAGCUGCAGGAGGAAAGAGCACGUCUUCACGAGCAUUGCCAACAACUGGAGCAGGAGACUGGAUCCCUGCACGCAGAACUGGAGACGCAGAGCUUAGUUCUGAAUGAACAGAGCGGCAUCACUGCCAGUAAGCUGAACCAAAAGGAGCAGCAAGCCGAUCGUUUGCGGCGUGAGAUGCAGGCUUUGCAUGGGCAGGUCCAGUAUGCAGAGGAGAAGGCCCGACAGCAGGAAGCCACGAUACGCAACCUCAACGAGAAGCUGUCAUCGUGUCACACCGAGAAGACGUCUCUCUUCGAUACAGUCCAAACGCUGGAAAGAGAGCUCAGUGAUUCCAACGGCCGGAGAGCGGCUAUGGAGCGAGAGAUACAUUUGCAAAGUGAAGCUGUGGAGAAACUGAAGGCAGAGCUGACAGUCUGUCAGACAGCGCGAGAUGUCGCUUGUGAGAAGAGUACCUGGCUCCAGGAGGAAAGAGACACCCUGCGGAACAAAGCUAAUGAGCUCCAGAAAGAGCUAUCACAUGCUGAGCAGCAAGUAAGCUCCACGCUCCAGGAGGUAGAGUCUCAGAGACUUGAUGCCAGCAGGAAAGAGACAGAGCUCCAGGCUGUGAGACAAGAGCUUCAUAUAGCUCAGGGUAAUCUGGAAAGUGCUGCAAAGGAGAAAGAAGCCUGCCUACAGGAGGCUCAUGAACAGACGCAGCAGAGGGAUAAAACCAUUGCAUCUCUACAGUAUGAACUGAGCUCCCUGAACGAACAAUAUGAAUCCUGCACGGCACAGAUGUUAAAGUGCCAGGAGCUGAUGGAAAAGCAUAAAGUACAGCUGUCAGACACGGCUGAGGAGCAGGCUGCUGCAGCACAAAAGAUAUCCGUACUAAGCACCAAUAAUGAGAGACUGGAGAUGGAUCUCAGAAUACUCACCGAGAAACACAAAGCUGCACAGAAAGAGGUGUCUAAGAGGGAUCAGAUGCUAAUAAACCUUCGCGCCGACCUCACCACUAGAGAACAGGAGCUGCAGGAUGCACACAGAGAGAUCAAUAAGCGUGAAGAAGAACUGAGCAGCACACGUAUGAAACUCAAGAAUCUGCAAAGUGAUCUUCAAAGCUUGCAGGAGAUGUGCACAGAGCAUGAAAUGACAUCAUCUGAAAAGGAGAAAAGAAUUAGUGGACUGCAACAGGAAUGCACUGCAAGCCAUGCAGAAGUGCAGCGACUGAAGCAAGAGCUUGUAAGUCUGAGGCAGACGCAGCAGGCUGAUAGCGAACGCAUGCAAAACAAUUCUUCCAGGCUGCAGGAGAAGUUGGAGUCUGUCACCAGGAGGCAGAAGGAGCAAGAAGCAGAGCUGCAGCAUUCCAAGUUGAGAGUGGAGAGAGUGUCGCAGGAUCUGAGCCUUGCACAGCAGCUGCAACUACAGCUGGAGGAACAGGUAUCACAGCGGGAUGCUGAGCUGCUUCAGCGAAGUGAGGAGCUUCAGCGCCUGCAGACACGUUUGUGGGAAGCAGAAGAGAGGGCAGUGAGCGCAGAGAGUCAAAGUAGUUCCUCGCUGAGCAGUAUGGAGCUUUACCGCAGCAAAUAUCAGGCAUGUCUGAGCCGUGCGGGGGAUCUGGAAGCCAACCUGAGACAACUGGAGGAUGAAAACCGAGAGAUGAAGCAAGAGGUGUCUGAGCGGGACUCUCGUCUCUCUGCGCUGCGAGGGGAAGUGCUGCUGCUGCAGCAGGAACUGGAAAGAAAGUGCACAGAGUUAGACGGCUGCGAGGAAGCCAUUGAUCAGCUCACCCAGGAACUCCAGGCAACGCAGACAGACCUGGCCAACAGCCGUGAGCAGUGUCAGCACAGCGAGGAGGUCGUUCAGGCGGUCCGAGAGCAUUCACAAAGACUGCAGAACCAGGCAAUGGAGUUGGAAGAGGAUCUGGUGAAGCUACAGACAGACUUUGCUUCGUAUAAAGCCUCCCACAGACACAGCGACGGAAGCUAUGGGGAGCUCGAGAGACUCGUGGCGCAGCUCACGCAGGAACUGGGUCGAGCGGAGGGAGAGGUUCAGCGACAGAUGAAGGAGACGGAGCACUGCCAAACACUUCUGAAAGAGCUAAACCUGGAUCUAGCAAAAGAGAGAGAGCAGCAAAAGAGCACAAUGAAAGACGUGGAGCGACUCGAGCACGAGGUGUUCAGCUUGCGCAGAGACACGGCCCAACAGGUGCAAGACUACAAGCUUUGCGUUUCUGAGCAACAGCAGCAACUCCAGAAACUGCAGGAGGAGCUGCGAGACAGUAAUACGCUGACAGCCCACAGAGAGCAGGCCAUACAGAAGCGCGACUCACUCCUCCGCCAGUCAGAGGCUGACCUCUUACAGGCCCGAAGCUCGCUCAAGUCUUUGAACCAGGAGAUAGAGCGCCGCCAGUCAACCGCCUCUGGAAUGGAGAGAAAGCUGCAGGACGCUCAGAGAGAAUAUGAGCAGAAAGAAACCGAGAACACAACAUUAAGGGCUGAGUUACAAGACCUGAGAAAUGAGCUGAAAGAGACCUAUGUCCUCCAUCAAGAAGCAGUGCAGGCAUUGGCGGGUCAGGAGGAGAAGACGCUCCUGGUGGAGAGUGCCCUGCAGAGCACACAGGAUCAGCUGAGUGAGCGCGUGGCAGAAGUUGUCAGACACGAGCAGCUGGUACGCAAAACGGAAAGUGAGAUGCGGACUUUGAGAGAGCGAGUGAACAGUAAUGAUGAAGAACUGGAGCAAUGCAGAAUGCUGAUCGAACGUCUCAAGUCAGAACUAAGUGACGUAAAGGACAAGUCCAAAGCGUCUGCGCAGGAGGCCUUAAAGUUGCAACACACGGUCAGCAAGAUUCAGUUGGAGCAAGCGCGUGAACGGGAGCAACACCAGGCCGUGCAGCAGCAGUUACAGGAACAGAGCAAAGUCCAGCAGAGCCUAAGACUAGAACUGGAAGAGCAGCAGAACCGUCACGAGGAACUGCUGAGAGAACACCAGAGGAGCAAGGACUGUGAGAGCUCCCUCCAGAGACAGGCGGAGGAGCUGAGCCUGAGAGUGCAGCACUCUGAGCGCUUGUUGGCAGAGAGGGACCGAGCGCUGCAGACUCUGCAGAGCAGCUACUCGCAGCUGGAACGCAGAUCUCAGAGUGCUCACGACGAAGCCCGGGAUAGUGUGGCCCAGUUAGAGGUCACCAAGAGUGCACUGGCGCAGGCACAGAGGAAAAUCCAGGCUCAAUCGCAAGAGCUAAAGCACAUGGAGAAGCUGUUGUCACGUAUGCGCUCAGAGGAAGAAGCGGCACAGAAGAUGGCAAGAGGCCGGAGCGAAGACUUGAACGCAGCCCAGGAAAGUCUGCAGGAAAUGAGGAGCCAAGUGAUAGCCGCUCAGGCCGGGCAGAGAGAAGCUGUAGAGCAGCUGGGUGACAGAAGCCGAGAGCUGGCAGCUCUGAGAAGUGAGUUGCAGCGAUGCCAGCAGAGGAAGACUGAGCUGGAGAGAGAAGGCGCAGCUCAUGACGAAAGAACGCGGCGGCUGAGCAAAGAGGUGGCGGCGUUACAUGAGAUGCAGAGACAGAAGGAACGCGAGAUGGAGGCUUGUGAGGGACGCUUGAGAGAAAUCUGUAACCAGCAGCAACACUGGCAGAGACUCCACCAGGAGCGUACCCAGGACCUGGGGCAGCGGCAAGAUGAGCUCAAGCAACUUCAGGAGCAACUGGCAGCCGUGCAGGAGAAAAGAAAAAAUGAAUGCAAAGAGAGAGAUGCUUUGCAGAAUGCAGUGAACCAGCUGAAGCAGAAAUAUGUGGCAGCAACUAGUGAGGUGGAGACUCUGAGAACAUCUCUGGAAGCGGCGAGGUCAGACUGUCGCCGACUACACCGCGAGAGUGAGCUGGUCGUUUGCAACGUGAACGAAUGGGUGAACGAGCAGAAAGAAGCCAACAAGACACUGAGUGAGAAAAUCCGUGAGCAAAGCAAGCAGAUUGUGCAUCUGACAACGGAGAAAGACUAUUUGCAGGAGGCGAUGGAGCAGCUACAGCGAGAGAACAAGCGCCUGAGAAGCCAGGGAGACGAGAGACGCGUAGAGAAUGAACGAUAUAAGCUGAGUCUGCGUGCGUCAGAUCUGGAUCCCGACCGCCCCAGUCAAGGGCAUGCGGAGGAAGCCGGAUCGCUGCGUUCUGCACGACGCGCAUUCGCCAGCCUCGGAAACUUAAGGACAAAACCGAGGACGGGCCGCUGAACCCAGCUAGCGCAGAUGUGGCGGACCAAAGCCCACGUGGUACCUUGUAAUCAUCGUGGCCGGAAGAGAUGCCUGCAGAGCAGGCUUGUUGUGACUGCUUUGCUAAUUUGGAGUUCAGCACUAAACAGGACUUGUUCAUGUAUUUUAUUUGAAAGGAGACGUAAACGUCACAUCCUACCUUUCAACAAAAAUUAACGCUAAUUUAGCAUGUAUGUAACUAGCUGACAGUUUCUACCUUUUCUGUACAUAUUUUGCAUUU